UGGUGUGCUGGAUCUGCCUUCUAAACCAGGCAUAGACGCUACUUUAAUCUCGAUCAGAUGUCUCUCUUCAGGGCAUUAAAGAAAACCUGCUCAGUAAUCAAAAAGAGCCUCUUCUCUAGAAAAACGACUGAAGCAGUGAGGAUGGAAACCACAAAGGUUAAUAUGUCCCGUGUCCCGCUGGUUAAUGGAGGCAUCGACGCUGCCAUGCUGAAGGCACACAAACCCCGUGUGAUGUCCAAAAAUGGUCACAGCAACGUGCGGAUAGACAAAGUCGAUGGCAUUUACCUACUCUACCUUCAAGAUUUGUGGACUACAGUUAUAGACAUGAAGUGGAGGUACAAACUCACCUUAUUUGCUGCUACUUUUGUCAUGACCUGGUUCAUCUUUGGAGUUAUCUAUUAUGCCAUUGCAUUCCUUCAUGGUGAUUUAGAAAUAAACAAGUUUACCCCAAAGCAUGAGCCGUGUGUCAAGAAUGUUGACUCUCUGACUGGGGCAUUCCUCUUCUCCCUGGAGUCACAGACAACCAUUGGCUAUGGAUUUCGUUUCAUUACAGAGGAGUGUCCUCAUGCCAUUUUCUUACUUGUGGCCCAACUGGUCAUCACCACCUUGAUUGAAAUCUUCAUCACAGGUACCUUUCUGGCCAAAAUUGCAAGACCUAAAAAAAGGGCAGAGACUAUUAAAUUCAGCCACUGUGCUGUCAUUACUAAACAUAAUGGAGAACUUUGUCUGGUGAUUAGAGUGGCAAAUAUGAGGAAGAGCCUGCUGAUACAGUGUCAGCUGUCUGGGAAGCUUCUUCAGACAUAUGAAACCAAAGAAGGGGAGCGGAUCCUGCUGAAUCAAGCCAGUGUCAAGUUUAACGUUGAUUCCUCUUCAGAAAGUCCAUUUCUCAUUUUGCCUUUAACCUUCUACCACAUUUUGGAUGAAAACAGCCCUUUGAGAGAUCUCACACCUCAAAAUCUCAAGGAGAAGGACUUUGAGCUUGUGGUGCUCCUGAACGCCACAGUGGAGUCCACCAGUGCUGUCUGCCAAAGCAGGACUUCCUAUAUCCCUGAGGAGAUCCACUGGGGCUACGAGUUCAUGCCUGUGGUUUCUCUCUCUCCAAAUGGAAAAUACGUUGCAGAUUUCAGUCAAUUUGAGAAGAUUAGGAGAAGCACAGAUUCCACUUUUUAUACUAUGGACUCUGAAAAACAAAAACUUGAGGAGAAAUACAGGCAGGAGGAUCAAAGAGAGAGGGAACUGAGAACAAUGUUGUUACAGCAGAGCAAUGUUUGAUUGAAUAGACAAAAAUUCAGAUUAAUCCUUGUUAAAACUGAAAAACAAACUCUGUGUGCUAGAUGUCAGCUAUGAAACCAGCAUUGAAGUCCUUUUCAGUAAACAGCUCUGGUGUAUAGUAAACCUAUCCUUUUGUUUUGCUGAAUUGUUAAUCAAGUAUUUUGUAAUUAGGCAGGAUUUCUUUGUUCAUGAUUGUGACUUAGCAAAGUUGGAUUUUUCUUAAGCUUCUGCCUUAUAUGACCACAAAAAAAAGACACACCAUUUCCCAUUUGGAAAGUGAAACUGGAUGCACUGUGCUGAUUUCUUCACAUAUUUAUUUGAUGGGGUUUUGCUGUGAGCAUGCAUUCACAGAGACAGCACACAGUGCUGCUAGCAGAAAACAUGCUCCUUUAAAAUAUGUGUAUUUAAAAUUUAUAUUCUUGUAUCAGAUAUUGCCUUCACAGGGAUUGUUGGCACUGAAAGUAAGUUGAUUGGAGAGACAAAUGGUUGGAAGCAAGCAGGAAGAUGACAAACUCCUAAAAUCUUGAAGCAGGGUGACAGAGUCAUCAUGCUGGGUGGUGAGGAAGUGAGCUCAGAAGCUCUGUCUCUGCUACUCAGAGCUUGUUUUGUGAUCACUCCCUUGUUUAACCUAGUUAAUGCCUGAUUUAUAUAUAACAGCAAAAAGGGGAGAUGAGGGAAAGAUACACAGAAUCAUAACAGUAAUCAGUUAAGGUUAAAGCUGGCUUUGAAAUACCUGGUUUUUAUCCAAUGUAAAUAGUUUAUGAUAGCAGCAUAACAAUACAUUUCUCCAGAUUGCUUGCUUUGCUAUGGACUGUAAUUUUGGUUAAAAGAAAAUUGUAUAAUGUCUUUAGACAAUAUUUACUUUUUCUGGCAGCCAUAAAGGACAAGCAUUCCUUUCAUCCAUUUCAUUUUUGGUCUAUUAAAACCAUUCCAUUAAUAAAGGAAUUUAAUUUGA